AGAGAAAUGAUUAGAAACUCCUUCAUGCUGCAUCAGUUUUAUAUACAAAUACACAUAAACACUCGCGCAUCGUUUGAAUCGAGGAUCAAAAACUGAAUUAAACCUUCUUCCACUAACAACCUUCACUGACCUUUAAACGACUGACAACACGUCCAUCUCACACGUUUUCUACCAGCUGUUAAAAAAAAGCCUCUCAGGAGAGUUUGAACUCCAAAACAGUGCAUGCUGGGAAGUCUGCUGACGUGCCGCUCAUGUUUCCUCAGACACUAUAAAGAGUUGAUCGAUCUCUGUACAUUUAUCCAUCUCAUGUCGGCUCAAACACUUCCAGCGUGAUGAGGUUGUGUCUUUAAGUUCACAAGUGUUUUGAAAAUUAAUUAUUAGUUUAAUUAAUUAAAAAAAACAAUACAAAUAAAUCUUUAAUAUUUCUGCUGAUUUGUUGGGGAAACAUCAGCUGAUUCCUCUAAACUCUCCCGGCUGAACAUCUUGGCGCGCUGCUGUGGUGAAUCAUGUCGCCGCCUGUUGUGUAACAAUCACCUCGACUCUGUUGGAACCUGAUAGCGUCUCCUCGCCGUUCACUCUGAGGAGGCGACUUCCUACGGCAGAAAUUUACGAGGUUCCUCAGAGAGUUGCGGAGGUAUUUCUGGAGCCUGCCGGCCCAUUGGUCUGAAGUGGCUCUGCUACCAUAAAGAGGGCUGAGUUUUGUGCUGAGCGGGCGCUUCACACCCUAUAUACCCUGUUUAAUCUCUACUGUUAGGAGUUGGCAGUGUCUCCCCCCCUUCUUCGUCGUCCUCCUCCUCGUCACGUUCAGUAGGUGAGAGUCUCUGCCGCUCGGCUCCGUUCAGCUCCAGUAGGAAACAAUACAGAGAGUGGCGCUGAGGUCCGGUCCGCAGGUGGGACUGGGUUUUAUUCUGCAGAGCUGGUUUUGAUCUGGUAAAGGUGCUGCUGCAGGUGUGACCUCUGACCUCUGAGGCUGCGUUCAAGACGUUUUGGAGGUAGAAUGAGAGACGUGUCGGACUUGUUGAAGGACUCUGUAGGACUCUGAGGACGGGACGCUCAGGCAGGUUCACGUUCGGACUUUAAAGAUAAUUCAUCGUUUCGUUGUUUUCAGCUUCUUUCAGUGGAGAUCAGAUGGUGGCGACUCGACGGUGUUUGGAUGUUUUGUGAAGCGUGCUGGUCACAUUCUCACGUUUAAUGUUUGAAAUGAAAAAAACUGAAGGUUCAUUCAGUCAGUUUAGAUUUUUAAUCUGUAAAGUCUCAACGUCUCAAACCAACAAACCGGACUGAGAGCUUCAUGUGAAGUGUCCAGACAAGAAAUAUCAUUUAAUAGAAUAUGAUAAUAAUAAUUAUGUCAUUUGGUGCUAAUUAUAUGAAACACUGAAUAAUGUUGAUUGUUUGCUGGCUGGUUGAGGUGUUUAAUUAUUUCCCGAUGACAUCAGCAAUUAUUUGGAAAGUACGACAUGAAACGAUUUCUCAGAUUUGUGUCGUUCGAGAGUUGAAUCUUUCUGGAUGCAGUUGAAUUAUUUGUGGCUGUUUUGUGUGAAAUAAGAAGAUCUGAGUCUGAAUCUGAACGUGAGGAUUUUGUCCCGCUUGUUCUCAUAAAUGUGUAUUUUACAGUUUUCCCGGCACGCCUCGGUGUUAACCUGCGGUCUGCGUGCCUGCAGGAUGUCACAGUUGGUGUUAACGCCUCCGGCUGCGUGCCUGGCGCCACAGUUGGUUCCUCCGCCGGUGGCCCUUCGUGCUCGGAUCGUUGGCUCGCUGUAAGAAGUUAAAUUGCAGUCAGAAUGUCUUCUGAAGGGAGCAUCUGUUGAGCCGGAGGCCCUCGGCAUCUGACCCCACCCGGCCAAAAUUAGCCGGUUUGUGAUGCUUCAGUGGGUAUUUCCAUGAUAGUGAAGCGUGUCGUGUUUCCUGCUGCGGGUCGAGAGGUUGCUGAUCGAUAACGCGGAGGCCCGUCGGGCUCAGCUGUGGACGGUCAGUCACUGUUCUGUAUGUGAGCUGUCAGCUCCGGAUUAACUGAUGAGUGUUUUCUGUCUCUGAACAGGGUGUGAAGAUCACAAAACGCCAAGAUGUCUGAGGGAAAGAAGAUGACCUCCAGCCGCAGGCAUCAUCUGAAGAGCUUGAUGCUUCAGAUCGCCGCCGGCUGGCUCGAGCAGGAGAAGAAGGACAUCGAGGAGGCGAAGGCGAACCACAUGGCUGAUAAUUGCCCCACCCCCGACCUCAGCGGAGACCAGGCCGCCCUCAUGGAACUCUGCAAGAAGAUCUACUCCGCCAUCGACAAGAUCGACGAGGAAAGGUACGACGCCGAGGCCAAAGUGACGAAGGCCGACAAAGAGAUUGAGGAUCUGAAGCUGAAGGUGGUGGAGCUGGCCGGCGUGAAGAAGCCCGCCUUGAAGAAAGUACGUAUGUCUGCUGACGCCAUGCUGCAGGCUCUGCUGGGAGGAAAACACAAGGUGACCAUGGACCUGAGAGCCAACCUGAAGCAGGUCAAGAAGGAGGUCAAGGAGGAGAACGCCGAGGCGGGCGACUGGCGUAAGAACAUCGAGGAUAAGGCCGACAGGAAGAAGAUGUUCGAGACUUCCUAAAACCCUUCUGAGGUGGCGAGGACGCCAGCGAGGGGGGAGGAGACGUUUCCACCAAGGUCUGAGUGACUGGAUGUGUCUCUGAGCUCCAGCAGGACACACACAGACACUUUAUUUGUUGUUUUCUUGGUUGUUUCGUGACACCGGCGCCACCGCCAGAGACUGAGCCGAGACAAGGUCACGCCAUCAUGUACGCAGACGGAAACAGUCCGAAUGUACAGGUCAACAUGGAGUCAUUGGAAAUAAAUGUUUGGAAAUAAGGAUUAA